CUGACUUUGGCAUUGGCACCUGUUCAAUUGUCGCGAUGAGGCCAUGGCAUUAACAAAGGUACCUAGGUACUAGUACGGGCAAUGUGAAACGCGAUCCAUACCAGAUAUUCAUUUCUCAGUUGGUCGACUAGACAUGAGAUGAGCCUUGCAUAAGUCUGCCUCCUGUUUAUACCCGGCAGAACAUUGGUUAGUGACACCAUUCGAUCAUUGGGUUUGAGCGUGAUCGGGUCUAGUUGAAGGAGUUCGAGCUGUGCUGUUGCUGUCCGCUGCUGCAUGAUGGCUGCCAGUGCGAAGAAUGUUCUGCGAAGGGCACUUCUCUACGUCCCCGGAUCAUCCCAACGAUUCCUAGACAAAUCGCGCUCUCUCAAAGUCGACUGCGUGGCCUACGAUCUCGAGGACAGCGUGACGCCUCAACGAAAAGCCGAGGCGCGAUCCCUGGUCCGCCGGGCUCUAGAUGAACCAACACCCAGCGGCGUGAAAGAGCGCGCCGUACGGAUCAACAGCGUAGGAUCCGGCUUGGCCCUGGCGGACCUGCAAGAGCUUGUUAAAUCCAAGAAUCUCACGACGCUGGUGGUACCCAAAGUCGAAAGUGCGAGCGAUUUGACAUUUAUUCGGGAUGUUUUGGCACAUAGCACGACGAGGUCCUCCGAGUCCGCCAAUACAGACACACCACCGCAGUCAAUAGGCAUUCUGGCACUGAUCGAGUCGGCACGAUCACUGACGAAUCUACAAGAAAUCUGUCGAGCCGCACCACAACAUCUACAAGGCCUGGUCUUUGCCGCCGAAGACUUUGCGCUCGACAUGAGCAUCACGCGUACACCCGACUUGACGGAAUUCCUGCAUGCACGCCAACUGAUCGCGACGGCGGCCCGCGCCCACAAUCUGCCCAACACGCUCGAUCUGGUCACGACGGCAUUCAAGUCCGAGGGCGACCAUGAGAUUUUGGUCAAUGAGUCCGAACAAGGCAAAAGAAUGGGGUUCAAUGGCAAACAGUGUAUUCAUCCAAGUCAGGUCGAUACCGUCCAGAAGAUUUUUAGUCCGAGUCCAAAAGAGGUCGAGUGGGCGGUCAGAGUCACCAUUGCGCAGAAACGAGCCGAACAGCAGGGAAAGGGUGCCUGGGCCCUCGACGGCAAAAUGAUCGAUGCCCCUGUCGAGGGGAAAGCCAGGGCUGUUGUCGCAAAGGCUGAGCUGUGUGGAUUUGAUGUGGUUGGUCUUAGGGAGAAGUUCAAAGACCAGCAACCUGAAUAAUUUGGACUCCGACUUGUAAACAAUAAAGUUGAAAUGUACAAAAGGCCACUUAUCACAAUAUCAGGCUGGGCUGCUUACCUGCAUGCGCGACAACCACCUACACACUAGAAGACGGCUAACAGUAGUGCGAAAAUCAAGAUAGAGACUCUACACGACCACUCGAACUUAUACAAAGUGAAAGACCUAGAAAAGGCAACAUGGACGCUUUGCUUUUGCCGCAUUUCAUUUGCUGUAUCUAGAGACCGCCGCUCAACGCCAUCAGCCACGCGCUGUACACUCCCCGAAGCUCAGUUCACCAAAACGAUACCAAGGUAAUCAAUCAGUCACGCUAUGUACCAGCCCGAUACAAGAGCACAUUCGUGUUUGGGCCCCCAGCAGGACCAGCCGUUGCCGUCAAUGCCACGUCGUCAUGCAGUUCAUCGCUCAUCAAGAAGACUCUCUGUCUGUAUCUAUUGAAUUCGGUCGAAUGCGGGAUCCCUCACACUGCCGCCGGCAUCACCCAAUCCAGCAACAGGUCGAUUGUACGACCAGCCCGCAAAUUGCUGCUGCAUGGUUUGGGACAAGGCGGGGCCUUCGACGUAAGAGUCCUUUGGCACCUCCGAGGUGAAUUCUUUAUCGAACUGGUCGGUAUCUCGGGCAUCAGUCUGCAGGAAAUGUUAGUCUAGGCCGCAUAACAAAACAACAUGUCCACUACUUACCACAUUAGGUUUGAAGCUAGGCUCAUACUUUCUCUGCAACAGUUUUCUCCAGUCAAUGCCAGCGAAGAAGUGGUGUG